AUGGAACAAUCUAAUGUAAAUUUAAAACGUAGUUCUGAACUAUCUAAUGAUGAUAAUCAAAUUGAAUUUAUACAAGAUAAUCCAUGUUCUGCUUCUUCUUCAUCUUCUCCACCUCUUCCUUCUAUUCCUCAAAAUAUAAUCUUAUCAAAACAAGAACCAAGUGACUUUAAUGAUAAUUCAAUUAAAGGUUUACAAAUAUCUAAUACAAAAUUAAAUACAAUUUCAAAUGAAGAUGUUCGAAGACAAUCUAGUAUACAUUCUGAACAAACAUUAAAUAUUACUCAUCAUUUAUAUCCUACAACAUCUUUAUCUCAUACAGCAUCAGCUUUUUCAAGUUAUUUAAGAAUUCCAUCAAUUUAUGAACAAAUGAAUGAACAAGUUAUAUCAACACAUUCAGCUGAUUGGUCAAAAUCAUUACAUAGAUCAAGUUGUUUUAAUACACCACAAAGUUUAAUUGAUAAAGAUCAACAAUUUACACAAGCAACAGUUCGUGCUGUAUUAGCUGCUAGUGCUAGAGAAUCUCGUACAGCAUUAACUGAUUUACCAUUAGAUUUUUUUAUAAAUCAUUCUAAUUUAACUAAUAUUGAUAAUAAAUUAAAUUCAUUAUCAGUUCAACAAUUAUCUCAUAGACAUUUAUCUACUGAAAAUGCAUUGAAUAUACAUAAAGUAAAUUUACCAUUAUCAAAAUUUCAUGAUGAAUCUAAAGAAUAUCAAUCUAAUCGAAAAUUUAAUUCACUUUAUAUGCAUAGUUUUGAUGAUACAAUACAUGAUAGUGUAUUAUUAAUGAAAAGAGAUAAAUCAUCAAUUCCUAUUAAAUCAUUAAAUUAUAAUAAUAAUAUGAUACUUAAUACUACUACUACUACUACUACUAAUACUACUAAUUUAUCUAAUUCUAUCCAAUUACCACAGAUACAAACAUCAAAUAAAAAUUAUAUGAAUACUACUAAACAAAAUACUAAAUUAUUAAAAAAUUUAACUAGACAAACAUCCUAUUCAAUAAAUAGACCAUUCAAACGUUUAGCUGCUAGUUUUCGUUUAACUAAAAAUAUUAAACAUUCAUCAUCAGUUAAUUAUAAACAAAAUUCUUUUACAAAUGUUCCAUUAAAAUCUAAUAUUAUUUCUAGUUGGAAUUCUAUUUCAAAUUGUAUUGAUUCUAUACAAAUAACUUCAGAUACUACUACUACUAAUAAUAAUGAUAUUAGUAGUAAUAAUAAUGGAAACAAUAUACGUACACGUAAUGUUAUUCUUCAAACAGAUCAAGAUUUUAUAAAUGAAUUUAAAUAUGAAAAAAAUUUACAUAAAGGACAUUUAUUAUUAAAUGAUUCAAUAGAUCAUGAAACAGAUAGUUUAUUAAGUCAAGAUGAUAAACCAAUUGGUAAUUCAUUUCAUUUAAAAGAACAAUUUUUUGCAUUUUUUCAACCAACUGGUAAUAAAUUAGCAAUGAAAUUAUUUGGUACUAAAUUAGCAUUAGAUAGAGAAAGAUUAAGACAAGAACAACAAGGUGAUUGGAUUAUACAUCCAUGUAGUAAUUUUCGUUUAUUAUUAAUGAUAGAAACCUAA